UUUGUACAUGCAAGAAAUAUCUGUAUUUCAAUUUGAUUUUGUAUCUUCAGUAGUAAUCCAGAGGCAAAGUAGUUCCAUUUGCUUGUAGUAGGUGAUUUCUGUAUUGAAAUAACCUUGACUCUCUGACAUGGCGAAAAUUAUAUAAUCAUGGUACAUCAUUUCUUAAAAAUACAUGGCGGUCAUAAAUUAAAAGUACACCUUCUACAAGUCUGAAAAGGCUACGAAAGUGAUAAAUCACGACACCCAGACAAGCCCAUUGUUUAUUUAACAAAGACUUCGAAAGUAAAAGGUUGCAUUUUCUCCAAGCUUUUGACGUAAAUAUAAUUUCCUUUAUUAGAUAGAAAGCUAAAAGUGUUCAUUAUUUAAUAAAUGCGUGGUCUCGCGACGCAUCGUCUGUGAGUUAAKUGUGCUCUUUACGGCUAUAAACUUGUAACUGGUUCGUCAUGGUAUCGGGAAAAGUCUUCACAGGAAUUAAAACAGCUCUAGAAAAAUUGUUCAAAACAUCUGGAGCCACGUUGAGGAAUGUACUUAUAUUCGUCUUAGUGUUUGGAUUGGAACGGAUUUUCGAAAAGGAUGUUUUYMGAUGCCCGGAGAAAAAACACCGUCUWUACGGGAUUUCUUUCCUUGUUUGUCCUGCGGUUAGCUUAUUUGUGUUAACUCUUUUACUCAACGCGAACUUCUGGAACGUGUUGACAGGAUGUCGAUUGUCGCAGUUCAGGCCCUUGUUUGUGUUCAAGCGCGUUGUUUCAAUGGUGUUUCAGGCUUUUCUUCCUCCUGGAGUAUGGAUUGUAGUUGCUUUGAUUCAAACUAACUAUUACGUCUGUAUGCAGCUUGGUCCCAAGGAAACAGCUAUCAAAAAAGCCACCCGCAAUACAACGGAUGCAAAGAAAAUCAAAGAAAUCAAGUAUGAAAUUGAGCGGAAGUUUUAUCAGGCACAAUGUGAAUCUCAUAUGAUGGCUUGGUCUUUCUUCAUCUCGUUGAUACUCUUCGCCUUCGUUAUUGUUUGCACCAGGCGAUGUUUGUUUCUUCAAGCAGACGGUAUUCUCCCUGAUUUAGAUGACUACGACAAACUCGAGGCAGAGGCUGCAGUUGACUCUUUUAAAGAGCGAAUUAAGGAAAUUGCUUCUUCAGAGGGMAAAAGCUACAUUGAUGGCGCGUUUGAAUAUUGUAAGACGGAACCCAAGCUGAAAACUGGCUAUUCUCAAGUGAAGUAUAUCAGAAAACAGCUCGCUAGGAAGUAUCCCCGUACAACAGGAGACCUGAGCCAGCCAUACCGGGCUGAAGGGCAGGUCGAAGAGGAACUGAAUGAGAAUCGCAGUAAAGAGAUCAUCGAUGAUGGUCACUAUGAGCUAAGGGAUCUGACUCCAUCAGGCUCGGCCAAUUAGAUUAAGAAAAGAAUAAACAACAACAGGUACGGACACUACACCCUCCCUUGGCAGUGACAUGUCACGUUACGGUAUAUCGGAACAACAGUUUCGUGUUUUUUUCACUGUCAUUAGAAAUCCGUUCUGUUAGUAUGCUAYGUAGACAAAGAUGCUCGAAGGAGUAAUAUAAAUUAUAGAUUCGAUAUAGAUUGUAAAAGCCACUAUCAAAAUAUCUAUUAAAGAGAAAUAGCUUGA